AUGAGUCUUCCCCCCGCACAAUCUCCGCUAGGGCAGUAUCGUAGACUUGUAGAUUCUGGUACAUUAAGGCCCGAUGAUCAUCAAACGCGGAUUAUCGAAAAGCUACAACGGCUACAUGACGACCUUCUACGCUACAAACCACCCCAUAUCUCGCAUUCGCCGCCUUCGCCAUCACUCUUCUCUCGCUUCUUUGGGAAGCCAUCGGAGGGACCCAUAACACCACCAGAAGGUUUGCCGAAGGGUCUAUAUCUCUACGGGGAUGUAGGCACUGGCAAGACCAUGCUCAUGGACCUCUUCUACAACACGCUACCCUCACACAUCACCCGCAAGCGGCGCGUGCACUUCCAUGCGUUCAUGAUUGACGUGCACAAACGUAUACAUGCCGCGAAGGCGAAGCUUGGACACGCAGGAGGAGACCCCAUUGCGCCCGUCGCUCGCGACCUUGCCUCCGAGGCGUACGUGCUGUGCUUCGACGAGUUCCAGGUCACUGACAUUGCAGACGCAAUGAUCUUGCGACAGCUCUUCGAGAGGUUAUUGAACCAUGGCGUUGUCUGUGUGAUGACAUCAAAUCGUCAUCCCGAUGACCUCUACAAGAAUGGCAUUCAGCGAUCCAGCUUCGUACCAUGCAUCGAGCUUCUGAAGGAACGCUUCGAGGUCACGGACCUCGAUUCGGGAACUGACUACCGCCGUAUACCUCGAUCGCUAUCGCACGUGUACUAUGAUCCUCUCACCCCAGAGAAUAGGGCAGAAGUCGAGAAAGUCUUCCGAGCUUUUACCUCUGAUCCCUCUGACCCCGUUAUCCCCAACCGCAAGUUGCACACCUGGGGUCGCGAAAUUGUCGUGCCUGAGAGCUCAAGCACUGUGGCGAAGUUCAGCUUCCCAGACCUCUGCGGCAAGCCCAUGAGCGCAGCAGACUAUAUUGAGAUCACGAAGAACUUUGGCACGAUUUUCGUCGUGGAUGUGCCGAAGAUGGGCUUGAGCCAGAAGGACAUGGCACGCAGGUUCAUCACGUUCAUCGAUGCCUGCUACGAGAGUAAGACGAAGCUGUUCGUGUCUUCCGAGGUGCCAAUAUACCAAAUAUUCUCCGACGAUCCCAACAGUAAGGCAGGGGAGAUCUCCGACCACAUGCGAAGUGUCAUGGAUGAUCUGGGUCUCCCGAGCGACUUGGUCGGCGCCAGUUCUAUGUUCACCGGUGACGAAGAGUUGUUUGCGUUCGCACGGUGUUGCUCUCGGCUGGUUCAGAUGGGCAGCAAAGAGUGGGCAGAGACAGCGGGUGCUCGCUAG